AUGUUCCGCCUCGCGAUAAUUCCCGCCUUCCAUGGGAGGCAGCUCUUGGCAGGCCUCCUGCCACCAGCCUUCCAAGCUCCAGCACAUUUCAUGGAGACUCGAAGGACAUUCAAGCAGAAAGUGAAACUUCGACCCAGUCCGCAAGCCAAGAAGACCUCGAGGUCGGAUAGGCCGCCUGCGGAAGUCACCGUCGAACCCCGCCGCUUGUUGUCCGACUUCCAAAUCCGAAUCAAAGAGUCGGACAUGAAGCACGUCACGGCACAAGAGGCACAUGGUAUCUACACGAAAUAUAUGAAGGCCGUGGCCGUUGAGGAAAAGCCCGCCGACUGGCAGGAGAGACUCGUCAAAGACAGCAACGCCUCAGCUGCCAAGCUCCAUGAGACGGCCACACUGAUUUUGACCUUCCCCCAAAUUCACAGCAGCGAGUUUGAAAUCUCCUGCGGCAUGUUGAAUGCUGCCGCGGGCCUUGGCGACGACGCCGCCGCUCUCAGCCUCGGACGCAUGCUCCAGCACACGGAAUCGAAGCACUACUUCCAAUGGGAUCAACCGCGGUGGCGAAACACGCGCGAGCGGUGUCGGGUACUUAUCGAGGAGGGCCGCGAUGCCAGCGCCCUCGUCCUCAAGGGGCUGAUCCACCUGAGUCGCAAGACCUCAAAGGACGACUCCCUUGCCCUUGAGGCCUUCGUCCAGGCCGAAAAGCUUGGAAAGGAUGCAGACCAAUUUGAUUGGGAGCCGGCGUGCCUUGAGGGCCAGGGCGAGGCCUGCUUACGCUUGAAAGACAAGAAAAAGGCGGAGGAGGCCUUCACACGACUCGUCGACCUCGAUUGUGCAAGGGGAUUCUACCGUUUGGCCAAGAUGUUCCCCAGAAGCGAAUCCACCCUGGAUUGGCUCACCAAGGCCGCCGCUUCGGGGCUCAGCGAAACUUACGAGUUGCUAGUGGAUGAGCACGAGAGGCUGCGCAGCAUUUGCAUGAGCCAAGGCAGAGAGGAGGAGGCGCGGCGGCACGAGCGAGACGCUGCGGAGUGGACAUUAAUCAUGAGGGCGAAGGCAACGCGGGGCAAGGAGCUCGAUGCGGUCACCAAAUCAAACUGA